AUGGCAUCACCUUGGUUCGACGUCGUGAAACCUUACAACGAUAUGGAAGUCUCAGAACCGACCGACCGGCCACCCGCCAUUGCUGCCAUCGCUCAGCAUUUUGCGCAACGCAACACGGACGACGAAUAUAUCUGCGGCCUGUGGAAGAGCCUCAUGCCGCUGGGCCUGCUCGCUAGAUUCAGCGUGGAUCAAAACCUCAUAGGUCCACAUAUCGACUAUGGUCCUUCCACCAUGGUUCAGUCAGAUUAUAUUGCACCCUCUUGGGCUUGGGCAUCCGUCAAAGGGAAGGUCCACGGAAACUCUGGUGUCGCCAUGUCGACCUUCGCUGAAUCAGUCAGUGUGAACCUACGUUAUAUUGACAACGACCCAAUUUGGGCGCGUCGCCCCCGGAUCAUCCAUCACGCUAAGGGCACCGGUUCUUGA